CUGAGCGCAUCGCUGAAUCGAAUCCUUUUUUUUUUGCAACUGAAUUUCUUCCAUUCAUCGUGGAAAACUUGAAUCUAAUCAAAUCGACGCCGGAUCAAGCAGCUUCAACUGCCGUCCAGGACCGUUGCCGGUGGCCGGAGUUUUGGGUAUAAUUAGUGUCGCGUUGCGAGGAGUUGGGGGAAAUGGGUUUCCUCGUGACUACCUUGAUUUUUGUAGUCGUUGGGAUUAUUGCGUCCUUAUGCGUCAGAAUCUGCUGCAAUAGAGGACCAUCCACGAAUCUGUUGCACCUGACGCUGGUUAUUACUGCAACAGUUUGCUGUUGGAUGAUGUGGGCUAUCGUUUACCUAGCUCAGAUGAAUCCGCUAAUAGUCCCGAUUCUAAACGAGACAGAAUGAUAUUAUCAAGCUGCUUUGUUAUCUAUGGAGGGUUAGAGACAGCCAGCCCUGUUGGCUGCAUCAGAUCCGUAUGUAUCUUCCAUUACUAUCUUCUCUGCUGUGAGACAGCUUCCCAAAACUGUCGUAGUUUUAUUUAUUUGUUAAGGUUUACGGCAACAUUUGCGUGGAAGAAAAUAAAAUGAGUAACAAUCUCGAUGAUUUGUAUCUCGUUGCUUCUUUGUGAAAGGAAAAAAACUUUUGGGUGUGA